UAUCGGUUGAUCGCACUUAUAUGACUUCUCGAUAUGCAUUCAACCGCUCUAGUGAGCACCACCGCCUCCUGUCGUCCACCCAGGGAAAGGAUCGAAGAGAUAUUAAUAUUUAUAUCUAACUACUACCGCCGAUCAAUCGGUCAGGAUGGCCGCAUCGCAACUUGAAUUUAUAGUCUUAAUGGUCGUACUAACCACGACGACAAUCACUACAUCAGGGUUUCCAACUGUUACUGACCAAGUAGGCCCUCAAAACCAUCCCCAAGUUGCAUCAGCUGUUAUGUCGCAAGAUGCGCCUCAACCCGCGCCUCAACUCCCGCCCCAAGUUACUCCAAUAAGUACUAGUACCGCCCCUCUAGAUGCUCAACAAGAUGUAAACGCUGCACCGCAGGUUGCGCCCUUAAAUCAGGUUGCACCAGAAGUCGCACCACAGCCUCCGCCAGACGUUGCGCCUUCAAGUCCAGUUGCAUCACAAGUUGCGCCCCUCAAUCAAACUCUACCACAGUCUACUCCAGAGGUUGCACCCUCAAGUGAAGUUGCGUCACAGAUUGCGCCCUCAAAUCAAGUUACACCAGAAGUCGCACCACAGGCUGCAACAGAAGUUGCGCUCUUAAAUCAAACUGCGCCACAGCCUUCGCCAGAAGUUGCGCCUUCAAGUCCAGUUGCAUCACAAGUUGCGCCCCUCAAUCAAACUCUACCACAGUCUACGCCAGAGUUUGCACCCUCAAGUGAAGUUGCGUCACAAGUUGCACCCUCAAACCAAGUUGCAUCAGAAGUUGCACCACAGGCUACGCCAGAAGUUGUGCCGUCAGAUGAAGUUGCAUCACAGGUUACGCCCUCAAACCAGGUAGCGCCACAGUCUGCGCCGACAAAUCAAGUUGCAUCAGAAUUUGCACCCUCAAAUCAUAAUGCCACUCAGUUUGCGCCUUCAAAUCAAGUAGCGCAACAGACUGCACCAUAUGUUGCACCUUUAAACCAGGUUUUAUCACAGGGUGUGCCCGUAAAUCAAGUUGCAUCACAGGUUACGCCCGUAAAUCAAGUUGCACCAGAAGUUGCACCCUCAAAUCAAGUUGCACCAGAAGUUGCACCUUCAAAUCAAGUUCCACCGUCAAAUCAAGUUGCUGCAGAAGUUGCACCUUCAAAUCAAGUCGCACCAGAAGUUGCACCCUCAAAUCAAGUUGCACCAGAAGUUGCACCCUCAAAUCAAGUUGCACCAGAAGUUGCACCUUUAAAUCAAGUUCCACCGUCAAAUCAAGUUCUACCACAAGCAGUUCCCGGAGUUGCACCCCAAACUGUACCACAAGUUAUUCAUCAAAUUGAGAUUCAAAACAUAUCACGAGCGGUGCUGAAAGUACCACUUCAGAACAUAUCCCAAGUUGUACCUAUAAUUGCCCUUCAGAACGCAUCCCAAGUUAUACCUCCAAUUGCACUUCCGAACGCAUCCCAAGUAGUACCCUUACCUGAACAAGCAGCCAAUUACCAAGACUACGAACUCAACGCAUUGAAUCGUCAUAACUACUAUCGACGCAUCCAUAACGCCCCAGCGAUGCAACUGGACAAGGAGCUCUCGCGGUACGCUUCAACUUGGGCAGCGAAGAUGGCCCAGUCUGGCACGCUCACACAGGGUUACCGUGGUGACGUGGGAUCGAAUACUAAAAUCGAGUGUGAUGGUACCCAGGACGACGGCAUUCAAGUAGUAGAUAGCUGGUACAAAGACGUGUGCAACUACAACUUCAAUACCCACCAGCCCGUGAUUGGUCUAUUUUCCCAACUCGUGUGGAAAAGUAGUACGAGUCUCGGGAUUGGUCGGUCCCGAGGGAACUACGGGGGAUUCGCGUGUACCUACUGGGUCGCUGUAUACAAGCCACCCGGAAACUAUGAGAUCUCAAGGGAAUGGAAUGUGGAUAAGGGAAGCUUCGACUGGAAUUCUGUCUGUAAUCCAGACUCAGGGCAAACAACAGCCCCUCCACCAGUGACAGCUGCGCCUGUUCCAGUGACGAACACUGCAGCAACUCCUGAAACAGCCCCGCCAACUCCACCAGCAACAGGCGCACCACCUGAGGUAACAACAACUCCAACUCCACCUGUAACAACCCAACAAGCAGACAAUUACCAGGAAUAUCAACUCAACGCACUGAAUCGUCAUAACUACUAUCGAAGUAUCCAUAACGCGCCAGCGAUGCAACUGGACAAGGAGCUCUCGCGGUACGCUUCAACUUGGGCAGCGAAGAUGGCCCAGUCUGGCACGCUCACGCGGGGUUAUCGUGGUGACGUGGGAUCGAAUACUAAAAUCGAGUGUGAUGGUACCCAGGACGACGGCAUUCAAGUAGUAGAUAGCUGGUACAAAGACGUGUGCAACUACGACUUCAAUACCCACCAGCCCGUGAUUGGUCUAUUUUCCCAACUCGUGUGGAAAAGUAGUACGAGUCUCGGGAUUGGUCGGUCCCGAGGGAACUACUGGGGAUUCGCGUGUACCUACUGGGUCGCUGUAUACAAGCCACCCGGAAACUAUGAGAUCUCAAGGGAAUGGAAUGUGGAUAAGGGAAGCUUCGACUGGAAUGCUGUCUGUAAUCCAGACUCAGGGCAAAUAACAGCCCCUCCACCAGUGACAGUUGCGCCUGUUCCAGUGACGAACACUGCAGCAACUCCUGAAACAGCCCCGCCAACUCCACCAGCAACAGGCGCACCACCUGAGGUAACAACAACUCCAACUCCACCUGUAACAACCCAACAAGCAGACAAUUACCAGGAAUAUCAACUCAACGCACUGAAUCGUCAUAACUACUAUCGAAGUAUCCAUAACGCGCCAGCGAUGCAACUGGACAAGGAGCUCUCGCGGUACGCGUCAACUUGGGCAGCGAAGAUGGCCCAGUCUGGCACGCUCACGCGGGGUUAUCGUGGUGACGUGGGAUCGAAUACUAAAAUCGAGUGUGAUGGUACCCAGGACGACGGCAUUCAAGUAGUAGAUAGCUGGUACAAAGACGUGUGCAACUACGACUUCAAUACCCACCAGCCCGUGAUUGGUCUAUUUUCCCAACUCGUAUGGAAAAGUAGUACGAGUCUCGGGGUUGGUCGGUCCCGAGGGAACUACAGGGGAUUCGCGUGUACCUACUGGGUCGCUGUGUACAAGCCACCCGGAAACUAUGAGAUCUCAAGGGAAUGGAACGUAGAUAGGGGAAGAUUCGAUUGGAAUGCUGUCUGUAAUCCAUACUCAGGGCAAACAACAGCUUCUCCACCAGUAACCGCUGUGCCAGCUCCAGUAACAACCACACCACCUGUGGUAACAACUACUUCAACAUCCAAUAGCCAAGAUUUCCAAGUCAACGCAUUGAACCGUCACAAUUAUUACCGGCACAUCCAUAACGCACCCCCCAUGCAGCUAGACAAGGAGCUGUCAGGGUACGCAUCAGCAUGGGCGGCCAAGAUGGCUAGGUCUCACAUGAUCAGAACAAAUAGGAGAGGGCACUUAGGCCAGAAUGUCGCAGUGGCAUGUGAUGACCGCCAGGCAGACGGUAUUGACGUGGUGGAUAGAUGGUACAAAGACGUGUGUAACUACAACUUCAAUAGCCAUCAGCCCGUUGGUCUAUUCUCUCAGCUCGUAUGGAAAAGCAGCACUCAGCUCGGGAUCGGUCGGUCCCGCGGGAUGUUCGGAGGAUUCGAUUGCACCUAUUGGGCCGCUUACUAUAAACCUACGGGGAAUAUGAUUGGUACGGAGAAAUGGAACGUUGACAAGGGAAGCUUCGAUCGAAAUGCUGUCUGCAAGGAUAUGCCAGUCUAGAGCUUGACCAUUGAAAAUGAUUUCUUCUGUGACUCCUCGACUUGGAACUGCACACUUAUUCGACAUAUCCGAAAAUUAACACGACAAGGUUGAAGUGGUAUGUGCGCCUCAAUAAAAACGGAACUACUCUGCUCAAAUCUACUCUACUAGCGAAACUACUUCGUUUUCACAGAGGAGUAAGACAUACCUCUUCGACCGUGUCUUGACUUAUUUGCCUGAUUCCCUAAAGUCUAAACGGACCCCAUUUACAGGCGCGUACACAGGGGUUUCCGCGCAUCCUCCACCCCCUUGGCGGCCAAAAAGUGGGUCAUUUCUUAUAAAGGGAUCUUCAAAUUUUAUCCUUUUUCCAUAUACCUGACUGCGCAGCCCCCCCCCCCUUGGCCAAUCCUGAGAACGCGCCUGACUUAGGGUUUUAUCUAAAGCUAGUCUAUAGUCUUUCUAGUAAGCAAUACCAUGUUGUUUGUACGAGUUGCUACGAUGUUAGUACGGUGUUAAUGCUAAGGCUGGGUCCUUUCAUUCACAGCACAAAAUAAGCAAAAUGUAGUUGCACACUCUUUAUGUUGCGAGAAGCCAGGAUAUUUUGUGGGGAGGGGAUGGUUUGCAUAUUAUGAGGCGUGGGGGUCUAACGCUUUGUAUUCGGCCUCCUCUUUUGGUCGGGAGGUAAAGGGGUACCAGAAGUUGUGACAAACAGCGCAACGUUAACAAGCAUUUUUGUUUAAACAUUCGUCUGAUUGGCGAGUGGUAGAUAGCAAACAGCAUUCAAAAUGUAUCAUCUAUUCUUUAAAUGUUAAACUGCAAAAUUCACUGUAAGUUGGUGGAUUUCCUUCAAAUAAAGGUUCCAGCCAAAAUCUA